AUGAACAACAGCAAACAAGCAUCACCUUUGCCGCCGCUUAUAUCUCCGCUAGCUCAUUCAUAUGCACCUUCGCCACCACUUCCAAUUCCUCCAUCAUCUCCAGCAUUUGCCCCUCCAAUUCCAAAAGUUCCGGAAAAAGUGAGUUAUUGAUAUUCAGUAUUUCUUAUGCGGUUGAAACGUUGCCCAUCAGAUCCUGUUACAAUGAUGUUAAAAUCUGAUGCCAAUUUAAAUCAUUGUAAUUAAUUAAUAUAAUCUAAUCAAUAAAAUCUAAAACUCUAAGAAAGAAGUAGUGGUGGAAAUGAAUUUGGAACGAUCUCUUUGUUCGGCUCAGAACAAAGAAAGCGCAAAAAACAAAAGAUGAAAACAAUACCAACAAAGAAAGGAAAAUUGAUAAUGUUUGCCUUUUCGAUCUGUUUCGGUGUUUCACUUUUUACCUUUCUGUUCGCAGUAAUAUUGUUCAUAGAAGAUUCUAAUUCGUCAUUCGUGCUUCUAGUAAUAUAUUUUAUCAGGGAUCAACAAGCCGAAAGAAUACUUGUGUACAGCAGAUACAGCCUCGAUCAAUAUGUAAACAAUCGUGAAACGAUAUUUUGGAAUUCAAACAAGGAUUAA